CCCACCAAAAUCGGCAGUCCGGCAACUGCAGAGCACUUUAAUAUUCAGUUUGGUUCAUGGAGUUUGCUGAGCUCAUUAAGACCCCCAGGGUUGAUGGGGUUGUCCUCCAUCGGCCCUUCAUGCCAACUGUGGAGGGGACCCUGUGCCUGACUGGUCAUCACUUGAUCCUCUCCUCCAGACAGGACAACACAGAGGAGCUCUGGCUACUACACGCCAACAUUGAUGCCAUAGAGAAGAGGUUUGUGGGAUCUCUGGGCACAAUUAUAGUGAAAUGCAAAGACCUAAGAGUGAUCCAGCUGGAUAUUCCUGGCAUGGAUGAAUGUCUCAACAUCGCCAGCUCUAUUGAAGCUCUAUCUACACUUGAUUCAGUCUCCCUGAUGUACCCUUUCUUCUACCGGCCAAUGUUUGAGGUCAUUGAGGACGGCUGGGACUCUUUUCUUUCAGAGGAUGCCUUCAAAUGCUUGGAGUCUAUGACGGAUGAGUGGAGACUUAGCGAGGUUAACAAGGACUUUGGUGUGUGCCCGUCGUAUCCCCCUCUGGUGACUGUGCCCAAAGACGUUGAUGAUGAUAUGCUAAGGAAACUAGCGACCUUCCGUCAUGGCGGCCGCUUCCCUGUCCUCAGCUACUACCACAAGAAGAAUGGCAUGGUGAUAAUGCGUGCAGGGCAGCCUCUAACAGGCACCAAUGGACGACGUUGCAAAGAGGACGAGAAGCUCAUCAAUGCUACUCUGCGGCCUGGCAAGCGGGGCUACAUCAUUGACACACGCACGAUCAGUGUGGCCCAGCAGGCCAAGGCUCGUGGCGGAGGUUUCGAGUCUGAGGCAAACUACCCUCAGUGGAGGAGGAUCCACAAAGCCAUCGAGAGGUCUAAUAUCCUCCAAGAGAGCCUGAUUAAGUUGGUGGAGGCAUGCAACGACCAGUCCCACAACAUGGACCGCUGGCUAAGCAAGCUGGAGGCCUCUAACUGGCAGACCCAUGUCAAGGAGAUCCUCACAACCGCCUGUCUGGCUGCACAGUGCAUUGAUCGGGAGGGGGCAUCAGUGCUCGUUCAUGGCACUGAAGGGGCAGACUCCACCCUGCAGGUAACCUCUCUGGCACAGAUCAUCCUGGACCCAACCUGCAGGACCAUCAGGGGUUUCCAAGGCCUGGUGGAACGCGAGUGGCUUCAGGCAGGCCACCCAUUCCAGCAGCGCUGUGCCCAGUCAGCCUACUCCAACAGCAAGCCUCGCCAAGAGGCCCCUGUCUUCCUCCUCUUUUUGGACUGUGUGUGGCAGAUCCUACGCCAAUUCCCCUGUUCCUUUGAAUUCAAUGAGCAGUUCCUGGUGCAGCUUUUUGAACAUGCCUAUGCUUCCCAAUUUGGCACCUUCAUGGGCAAUAGUGCUGCAGAAAGGGCCAAGCUGCAUCUGCCUGAGAAGACCGUGUCCCUUUGGUCGUGGAUGAACCGGCCCCAGGAGUUGGAGCGCCUGUCCAACCCGCUCUACGAGGCCAACAGUCUAGUCAUCUGGCCCUCUGUGGCCCCUCAGAGCCUGCUGCUAUGGGAAGGUGUGUUCCUUCGCUGGAACCGCUCCUCCAGAUGUCUGGAUGAGGCCUAUGAGGAAAUGAUCCAUAUCAUUGAGUACAACAAGGAGCUGCAGAACAAAGUCAACAGCCUGCGCAGGCAGCUGGCUCAGCUGGAGACUGAAGACCCGCUGCUGCAGACGCCCUGAAGAGAGAGCGCUGCAAAUGAGGGCGGGAUGGGAGAACGAAAGGUACAGGGGAAGAGAACGUCUUAAAGAGGGGGGAAUGUUAGCCCUGUUUUAGGCUCUCAGGGUUUUCGUUAAAUGUAUUUGGAUUUCACUUAAGUCAUUUCCAGUUAACAGAAAUUCACAACAAUGGAACAUUUUUGGUUGUUUUGUCAUAUUAUUCUCCCUACAUGUUUGUUUGUGUGCAUUGUUGAAACCAAAAAAUAUUUAAAUUCACCUAAAAAAUGGUAUAAUGGUCUUUUAAAAUCAACCUCUCUUUGCUUUCACUUUCAUGCAGUUGUUAAGCACUUAUUUUGCGCACAGCUCGAUUGACUGAAUGGAUUCACACGCUGUGGUGCACGUUAUUUGUCUGGGCCAAUCCAAAAUGACAUCGCCAAAUAUUUGCCAUUGGGCCAAUUCAAGGCAAGCAGUAGGGAGAAAGAAGAGUCAGAAAUGACACCAUUAAAGUCAAGCAUCCUUCAGCUUGUAUAUAUGUAUAUAUAUAACCUGCUUAUCAGUAUGUGUACAGGCCUGUACAGACACAUAACUAUGGGGACACAGACGUGUUUCACCAAAAUCAGCUGCACUAACAGCUACUAAGCCUCGUUAACCCCUUCCACCUGCCUUAUUCGCCAACUCCAUCUUACAGCUGUGUAUAUCUUCUCAAUGCAAUUAGGACUGCUGGUUGUCUGAGCUUGCUCUCGCCCAGGAGGGUACCGCUGCUUGUAAUGUCGCUAUUUUGGCAGACAGCUUUUAGAAAAAAAAAUGUAAACGCUUGUGUCUGUUGAGUUAUUUCAGCCAGACAUCUUGCAGGAAUGUAUGUGGGACUCUUGAGCGAUGCUUAGUAACUAUGGCAACAUAUACGGUACUACUGAGCAACAUGGGACUUUGCUGCACUUUUGGAUGGUAUGGGCAAUGUGAGAGCAGUGUCAGCAUCACCGGGGAACUACAUGGCUCACUCAAUAUGGCUUUAUAAAGCACAUCCUGAUGCAGGUUUCUAUUUCAGAGCAUACGUUACAUUCCAAAACCAACCAUGACCUAAGAUAUGAAUAUCGCAACAUCGCUGUAGAUUGUAUUUUUGUUGGACAGUUUUUUUUUUUUUUUACUUUUCAAAGCGAAUGUGAGUUGUGAUCAAUUGAGCAAGGUAGUCGUGAUCACAGUGGAAUCCAGUUGGUGCCAAGAUUGGUUGGACACGGCACCAAUGUAGACACAAGGGUGCCAUGCCCAACUAAUGUCACCAAUGUACAGAUAACUAAAAGUGUCAGUACUGUAUCAAGUGGGAUAUGGCGUCAAAGAUUAUUCUGUAUGUUUUGGAAUUUUC